AUGAGCAGCACCCUCUGUGGAGGAGAUGAAGUUGGGGUGUUUGUUUCUGACAUUGGCUCCUAUACAAUGAGAGCUGGCUAUGCUGUUGAGGACUGCCCAAAGGUUGAUUUUCCCACCACUACUGGUGAGGUACUUGAAAGUGGGAGCAUAUUGAUGGAGAUAGAUGGGGGUAAAGGCAAACAAGUAAGUCCCACAUACUACAUAGAUACUAAUGCAUUGCAUGUUCCAGGGGAGAAUAUGGAGGUAAUAUCACCUUUAAAGAAUAGAAUGAUUGAAAAUUGGGACCGCUUCCAAACUAUUUUGGAUCACACUUACAAGAUACGUGUCAAAUCAGAAGCCAGCUUGCACCCUGUUCUAACGUCAGAAGUACCAUGGAAUACCAGAGUAAAAAGGGAGAAACUGACAGAGAUGAUUUUUGAACACUACAACAUCCCUGCAUUCUUCCUUUGUAAAACUGCAGUUCUUACAACAUGUGCUAAUGGUCAUUCCACAGGGCUAAUUUGGGAUACUGGGGUCAGUCAUACUACUGCCAUUCCAGUCCAUGAUGGAUACGUUCUUCAGGAACGCAUUGUGAAAUCACCUCUUGCCGGAGACUUUAUUACCAUGCAAUGCAGAAAACAAGAGAUGAAUGUAGAAUUGAUCCCUCCAUACACAAUUGCAUCAAAAGCUGUUCAUGAAGGAUCUUCAGCAAAUUGGAACUUUUGGAAGAAAAAGUCAUUAUCUCUAUGCCGAAGUGGGCCUCUGCUUCCCAAGUGGUGGGGGAACUGUCCCAAGCUUCAAUUCUUUUUUGCGGCUGUUUUCAGAGAUAAUUUUGGGGACCUGUAUGUUUUUGGCUCUUCCAAGGUGGGAGCCGACUUGGCGGCCAGCUGGACAGCGCCCGCCUGCCCAUCCUUUCCAUCCUUCCCUUCGUGGAGCCUGGGCUUCCGCGCCAUUGUUCUGAUUGCUAGUCCGGUGCCCGCGCUCUCCUUUGAAGCUCCUCCAAAGGAACUUUAUCCCUCUGUUCCAGCUGGCGUUUCAUUAAGCCCUUGCUUCACAGGAUUUUCCACUCCCAUUGACACAUCAGAGCGAGGAUGUGACCAUUAA